ACACGUCGUGCGAAAGCUCCCGAGUAGCUGUUGGUGUAAAAUAUGGCUACGUCUCCGAGAGCUACGCCGGGGAUCACUCACAGCCAGACGGACAGCGGAGGGGACAAGCCGUCGGGCUCCGAGAUGGCAAUAUACGUGGGUCUCCCUCUCAUCAUUGCCAUCUUCCUGGCCAUUGUGGCGCUGCUGCUGCUCCUCGUCUACUUUAUCCUCCGCGCCAAGAACAAGCAGCGGUACUCCAAGGUGCCCCAAAAGAAAAAGACGCUCACCAACCUCUCCACUCUUCCCUACCCAAGCAUAAAACCUCCGACCAUAAAGAUUGACGGUGCCCCGGUUCCUGAUAUGUCCUUCACAGUCGCUCCCCAACUCCCCGAUCCUGCGGCCUCCCAGCGCUACCCCUUCCUGAAGCACAAGCGGCAGCAGAACAGAACGAUACGAGACGGGGAGAAGAAAAAGAAACACGGAAACGGUCGCAGCAAGAACGGGAAACAGUGGGCCGGGGAACUGGACAAGAGCGCCGAUUCUGGGACGCAAAGCGCUUCGCCCCCGGACGUCUCGCCUCCACGAGACGGAGAAAGAGUCCACAAUGGACCCAGGAAGGGCUCGCUGGUGAGUCUGAGCCAGUUCGGAGAGAAGCAUGCCAUGGCCGACGCCUUUAUGAUCUCGGCCGCCAAGAAGCAAGUGGGACGUAACCCGGGUUCCGCGGACAAGCUGCCGGAGAUCUUUCUCGCGCUCACGUACCUUCGAGAGAAGACUACACUAGUAGUGAACGUGGAGAGAGUUGUAGGUUUGCCACCUCGAGACGAUGGAGCAGAAGUCGAUGCCUACGUCCGACUGUUCUUUGUGCCGCGAGUCCCAGAAAUGGCUCAGAGAAAGACCUCUAAAACACGAACCGCUAAACGUGAACUCGACCCGGUUUUCCACGAGGAGAUUCAAUACGAGGCCAUGAGUGAGGAAGAAGUUGUGAAUUCCACGCUGCACGUGCAGGUCCUCGACUACCGGGCGUAUGGUCGUCAUAACAUCAUUGGACAGGGGGAGAUAUCGUUAGGGCAGGUGUUGCUUGGAGAAGACAGGGAGCCCGUUGUACUCCAGCUGCAUACACCACGGACCACACUGAGUCACGGAACGGUUCUCCUGUCCCUCUGCUACACUACAGGCACUAAAAAGCUGAGUGUUAUUCUCUUGCGAGCCAAGGACCUCAACCGUGAAAACAGCAAAGAAACAGGCAAGUCCUUACAGCAGCCCUCACUGUGGUUAAUAUACAUAGCAGGGAGGAUAGGGAUGUGG